UUGUGUGACCAGAGAAGUGGACUGUCUACUUCUACACUCGUCCUUUAAAUAGUUCGUAUACAGUUAACGCUUCAGUCAAAGGUUUUUACAAAUAUUUUUCGGUUGGCUUCCCAUGUAAACGAACAAUACUGAGCUAUUCCUCCAAUAUCUAGUGAACCAAGUGAACCGUACAGGACCAUUUUAUUAUUAAUGAAAAUAACAAAAUGGAUAAUUUGAUAAACUAAUAGUUUCUGCUAAGAUUCUUAUAAAGCCUAAAGAUGGUGCAGAAGUACCAAUCCCCUGUGAGGGUCUACAAGUACCCCUUCGAGCUCCUCAUGAUGGCCUACGAGAUGAGGUUCCCCACCUGCGACAUGAUUCCUAUCAUAAAAGAGACUGAGAUUAUAGAGGAGAACCUGUGCCCGGAUGGUGCAGUCCAUAUGGUGGACAGGCGAGCCAAGUUGAAUGUGGAGGUUCCCUACCUUCUCAAGAAGUUUAUGGGGGUUGAGUACCUUCUCUUCAGGCAGAGGAACACUAAGGAUAACCGGGCAAGGACUCUACGUAUUGAAGCCUGGAAUGAGAGUUUUGAAAGCAGGGUAGAGAUUAACGAGUAUUGUGUUUACAGUGUACACCCGGAGAACCCGGACUGGACCUGCUUCGAGCAGUCCGCCGAGCUCGAUAUUAAAAACUUCUUUGGAUUUGAAGGAACAGCGGAGAAGAUUGCGAUUCGGGAGUACUCCAAGAGCAUCGAGAAGAGCAAAGAUAUUAUGGAGCAUUUUAUUAAAAUGCUUGCGGAGCAAGGAAUAUCCGAGGUGCCACCUUGGACAGAACCAGAAAAAUCAAUUAAUCAAGUUCCUGAAACUUCACAAGAAGUCCAGGAGAAAGCAGUUGAUCCUACGGAGAAGCUCCGACGUAAGUCUAGUGCUAAAGGCCGGGAUCUCCUGGAGACAGGGUUGAAUGAGAACCAGGAUCCUGUGACCAAGCUUGAGCAGGAUUAUAUCCAGAUGUUCUUGGGUAAACUUGAACCCAUGCAGGAGUCAAGGCUGGUUCAGCUGAAGCAGUGUAUGGCUGAACUGCAGAAGGGUAAAGCUCCCUCGGAUCCCGUUGUUCUUAGAUUUCUCCGAGCUCGAAACUUUGACGUAGAGAAGGCUCGAGAGAUGCUCUCCGCUUCCCUCAUUUGGAGGAAACAGCACGGCGUUGACAAGAUUCUUUCCGAGUAUCAGGUUCCAGCGGUAGUUAGGAACUAUUUUCCAGGUGGUUGGUUUCACUAUGACAAGGACGGACGUCCCGUCUUUCAUCUACGUCUUGGACAGAUGGACGUGAAGGGUAUAGUUCGAAGUAUAGGAGAAGAGGGAUUGACUAAGCUUUGCCUACAUAUCUGUGAGGAAGGAUUAAGACUCAGUGAAGAAUCUUCUCAUGCACUAAAUAAACCGAUCUCGACCUGGAAUAUGAUUCUUGAUCUAGAGGGUUUGAAUAUGCGGCAUUUAUGGCGACCUGGAGUGAAAGCUCUGUUACAUAUUAUCGAGAUAUGUGAAGCCAACUACCCGGAGACCCUAGGACGCGUUCUUAUCAUCCGUGCUCCCAGAGUAUUCCCGAUCCUCUGGACUUUAGUGUGUCCCCUUAUAGACGAGACGAGUAGAUCCAAGUUUCUCUUCUAUGCAGUAUCGGAUGGACGUGGAGAAAACUUUGCUCUUCAUCCUGGCGGUCUCAGGGAUUAUAUACCAGAGGAACAUAUUCCUGAUUGGUUGGGUGGAACAGCUAAUACAGGUAUACCUGAGGGUGGACUAGUACCUAAGAGCUUCUACAUGUCUCCUCAAGAGUUUGAGAAAGAUCAAUCUCCUGGUCCUCAUCUACUAGAUAAUUCAUGCUACCAUUCUAUAUCUCUACAUAAAGGACAGGCCCACGAGGUCCUGAUCCAGAACACGGACAAGGGGUCCGUCAUCACCUGGGACUUCGACGUGAUGCGACAUGACGUCGUCUUCUCUGUAUUCCGAACCAAGAAUCCUUUGCUCAACAAGAAACUCUCAUCAGCUAAUCAACCCAGCUCUGCAGCAUUCAAUAUGUGUGUUAACACAGACCCUGAGCAGUUUACGUCCAUAGGACGGGGUUGGAAGGAAGGAACAGACUAUUUCCGGGUCGAAGCUCCUAUUGUCUGUCAUGACGGAGAAAGUAUUCAGGGGAGUCACGUGACCCAAUAUGUUGGGAGCUAUAUUCUACACUGGAGCUACUUUGACAAGAUAGUGGCUGGGAAUCAGGAUAUGUGGGAUACCAUCACACAUCCUCAACAUAAAGCUAAGGUUAUGUUCUACUACGAGGUUCUCAACAGUCUAGACUACAAAGGAUCUAUGACUAGUCUACAGUCUUCACAGUCUGGAUUUUCCACUAUAUCUAAAGCUAGUAAUCAACAUUCUACUAGCGGGGUCAGCUCAUGUAUCUCAGGAAACCUUUCCGAAACCACAACAAGGAACGGAGAACAAGAGUCAUGACAUGGAAUGGGUUUGAUCAAGAAAAGAUUUCUCCCUCCUCCUGUUUCUUUAGUUCACAUUGACAAUACCUUGUCUAUGCCUUGACAAUAUUCCUCCUGUGUGUUGGUCCAACAAGAGACUGCUAUACUUCUCACUACAUAUGCAUCCUUGACAACAUUCUGCUCAAUCUACUGCUAAACCGGCCAGAAUCCUCUCCCACACUUUAUACUCGUUAAUAUUAAACAGUGGCAACCAAUACAAACAAAAUUAAUUGUCGUCUUCCCGCUUUCUCUUAAAUAGAGUUUAGGGUUGUGUAUUUGUAGCUUUUAAAAAUGUUCAGUGUCCGAAUUUAAUGAAUCUCAAAUCCCACAAAACCGGUUUCAAUUGAACGCCGGCUUAAAUUCAAACUGCUGCGGCUCAAAUUCUAUAAAUUCGGCCUCAGGGCAUAUUCUUAGAAAUUUAAGAGUUAUAAUAAUAAAGGAUGAAAGACGAUAUGACGAAAACACGCAUCAUUCAGCUGUUAGUUGGUUAUCACUGUAACACACUUAAACUUAUACCUUUGUGAUCCUAAACCUUGUUUACACCCGUCGAUCAUAUCCCCAUGUGUGAUAGCGCCAUGUUACGUCUAUAAGUUAAUGUUUAAUCCUGUUGACCUUCCGUUCGAAGGGAUUAACACAAUGUUUGUGUUCAGCUCCGGGUUCUGAACUGAACUAAUAUAUAUAGAAGAGUGAACACUGAACAAUGAGAUUAAAUCUUAAAUAAUUCUUCCAGUUCAGUUGGACUAAAUGAUAAAUUGAAAUUUCAAGUGAACCUAGCUAUCCAAUAUUUUGUGUACGAUAAUAAACGAUUGUAACUUUGUAAAUGUAUACUGUACUGUUCUAUUCCGCGAAUGCAUACCUAUAACCCUGUGUACAGUGUACAGUUAAAAUGGAUAAUAUAUUCCGAGUCGGGUCUUUAUACUCAUCAAAAUUUUAGACAUUAAGAUAGUUACGACAAUGGUCAAUAUUAUUUCCUUGGUUUCACAUGUUUAGAUUAUCCUGUUCCAAACCAGUUCAUUUUCUUUAUUCUCUUGCUGUGUACACUGUCAGGAGAUUAUUCUUUCUCCAGAUACGCACUUGAAAUACGACAAAAGAGAAAACUAUUUUGUGAUAUGAUUACCCCCCCUUACUUGAUAAUAUUUACCCCCUAGUUUUUAUGAAAUAUAUUAUUAUACGGCUA